UAACAUCACGUGCUUUUUCGUUCCGGUCCCUCUUUUCCCGCUCCGAGACCGAGGGUUUUACUCCCUGGUCCCUACUCGCCUCGUCUCCUCUCCUCUCCUCUCCUCCCACUGAGCUCCUACGGUUAGGGUUUCCUUUAGCUUUCGGAGGAUCCAUUCCCUCGGCAGAGGAGAUGAUGUACGGGGAGCGCCCUCCGCAGCCGCAGCAGCCGCCGCCGCCGCAGCAGCAGCAGCAGGGCGGCGGGGAUUUCCCCAGGGGCCCGCCUCCCAUGCGACAACCCUCGGCGUCCUCCACCAAUUACUCCCACCCCGCCCCGACCCCCUAUGAUGUUCAUGCGGAUAGUUUUGCUGCUAAAAGAAUGCGAAAGCUUGUCCAACGGCGAGCCGUAGACUAUACCAGUACAGUUGUCCGAUAUGUGCAGGCACGAAUGUGGCAGCGUGAUGCAAGGGACAGGACUGUACUGCAACCUACUCCUGCUGCAGUCAUAGAUAUGUUACCUCCAGUUGCAAAUGCUGACAAUCCGUCAACAAGCUUUGCUGCUAAAUUUGUUCAUGUCUCAACGAACAAAAAUAAAUGUUCCAUAAACCGAGUCUUGUGGACCCCUACAGGGCGUCGUCUUAUUACUGGUUCACAGAGUGGUGAAUUCACUCUCUGGAAUGGGCAGUCUUUUAAUUUUGAGAUGAUUCUUCAGGCUCAUGAUCAAGCAAUCAGGUCAAUGGUUUGGAGUCACAAUGAGAAUUGGAUGGUCACAGGUGAUGAUGGUGGUGCCAUCAAGUACUGGCAAAAUAACAUGAACAAUGUGAAGGCAAAUAAAUCUGCCCAUAAGGAGUCUGUCCGUGACUUGAGCUUUUCUAGAACAGACCUGAAAUUCUGUUCCUGCUCUGAUGACACAACUGUUAAGGUUUGGGACUUCGCAAGGUGCCAAGAAGAGAGAUCAUUAACCGGCCAUGGUUGGGAUGUUAAAAGUGUGGAUUGGCACCCAGCAAAGUCUUUACUUGUUUCAGGUGGAAAAGACAAUCUUGUGAAACUCUGGGAUGCAAAGACGGGUAGAGAGCUAUGUUCUUUCCAUGGUCACAAAAACACUGUUCUUUGUGUCAAAUGGAAUCAGAAUGGGAAUUGGGUAUUGACUGCUUCGAAAGAUCAGAUAAUUAAGCUUUACGACAUUAGAUCCAUGAAAGAACUUGAAUCAUUUCGUGGACACACCAAGGAUAUAACCGCUUUGGCGUGGCAUCCAUUUCACGAAGAGUACUUUGUCAGUGGCAGCUUUGAUGGAUCUAUCUUUCACUGGCUUGUUGGGCAUGAGACCCCUCAGGUUGAAAUACCUGGGGCACAUGAUAAUAGUGUGUGGGAUCUUGCUUGGCAUCCUGUUGGGUAUCUACUUUGCAGUGGCAGCAACGAUCACACAACAAAAUUCUGGUGCAGAAACCGGCCGGGCGAUCUCUCUCGUGACAAAUAUAGCUUUGGCCCAAAUCCAGGUUUUGGCGACCAAAACCCUAUGCUUCUGGGCCGGACUAUGGGCAAUUUCCCGGCCCAUGAGCCUCCACCAACUCCGGGCCCAUUAGGGACUAUUCCUGGCAUUGGAGUUGCGAUGCCUUUAGACGGGCCCGAUCAAGGAGAACAGAGGCCACAUAUUCCUGGUAUUCUGCCACCUGGACAACCGCCUCUACCGCCGGGCCCGCAUCCUUCUCUUUUGCAAUCUGGGCAGCAGCAGCAAAGUUACCAACAAAUGCCUCAACAAAUCUCCCAGCAAAUUUCCCAAAACCAACAACAACAACAUCCGCCGUUUCCGCAGCAAUUGCCUCUUAAUACUCCUCCGAAUUUAUCACAUCUGCAGCCGCCGUUGCAGCUGCCGCCACUCCAGCAUCCGCAUGGACCCCACCAGCCCCCCUCUCAGAUGCCGCCCAUGGGUAUAUCCCCAUCCAUGCCGAUGCCAUCGUCGAUGGCUCCAUUACCGCCUUUACCCAAUCCAAUGGUGAUGCAAGGAUCAGCAAAUCAGAUGAUGUCGCCUCAAAUGCCGCAAGCACACUUGAUGGGCCUUAAUCAGAUGCAACCUGGGUCUGUUGCCGGUGGCAAUAUGCCUCAGAUGGGAGGAUUUCCAAAUAAUAUGGCAAAUAUGCAGGGUGCUCCUGGUGCAGCCGGUUUGCAAAACUUUCCUUUUGGAGGCAUGUUUAACCGCCCCCCUCAAGGCCAAAUGCCGCCGCUUCCAGGAUUGAAUCCCUACCAGCCUGGAAUGAUGGGUAAUAUGGGUCUUCCGCAGCCUCCGGCGCCACCGCUACCUCGUGGCUCUGCACCCCAAUGAUACACUCUUCGUUUGCAGAUGACAAUGUUUAUUGUAUGAGCCGCAGAGGGGUAUGUGUCUAAGCUUUUGAGCUUUGUAUAAACACAGGCAUCUGUAACAUCUACUGUAAUUUACAAACAUUAGUUUUCGGAACUAUCUACUGUAAUUUAUGAACAUCAGUUUUCGGAACUAUCUUUUUCCAGGUAAAAAGUAGGACUUUCUUUUCUACAUUUAUUUCUCAGAAGCUGUUUUCAGUGUGAGGAAUCAUUAAGUGGUUGUGAUGUGGUGAUUGUUUUAGAAACAAUUUAAAUUUAGUCGGAAAAACUUGAUUUCUCUA